AUGUCGAAAUUGUACGAAGCCGUUUGGCCAGCGUUAGCCUCGAUUUAUAAACGUCCAAAAAACUUUACUGAUCGUUGCAACGACGACGAAAUUGAUCCACGUUAUGUGCCUAUAACUCAUUGCCCAACGAUUUGCAUACGAAUGUGGGAAGAACCAAUUGUAGCAGGUGUUCGAAUCAAAGGUCACAUUCGUGGAUGCCUUGAUGAUUUAUUGUAUAAUGGUUUCAAUCAAACGAUUGUCACAUGGUAUAGGUGGAUGCAUCGUGACUCAUGUCGUCAAUACAGGAAGCGUGAAUUAUUUAAAUUAUCGCCUGAACAAAGCGAUGAGAGCUAUAUAAACGUUUGCACUUGCUACGCAGACUAUUGCAAUGGCUCUGCAUCAAGUAAUGCCUCACGACUCUCACUUCCAAUGUUUCUUCUUAUUUACCUGUUCAUUGUUCUGCCAGUCUUCAGGUUAUGA